CACGCAGUCAUUCUAUUCCUUUCCCCCCUUCCUCUGAGCCUCCCUCCUUUCUCUCUAAUCUCCACUCUCUCCACAACCCACCCUCUCCUUCGCCGCACUCACUUCGGCCACCGCCGACGCCGCCGCCUCGGCGUCGAUCGACCCGAUCCCCGCCGCGAAGAAGUCGAGCUCGUCCAUCGCCCCCGCAGCGAAGAAGUCGAGCCCGUCCAUCGCCCCCGCCUCGCUUGCCGCCUCUAGGACCCGCAACCAGUGCACGCACGCCCCGAACGCCUCCGGGGUCGCCGCCGCCGCCGCACCGUCGCCAGUUGCCGCCGCUGUCCAGGAGAGGCGCCACACUCUUCUCGGCCACGGUCGCACCCUGCCAUGGCCGGAGAGGCGCCGCACGCUUUUCCUCCUCCAACAGAAAGCGAUCCAAAAAAACAAUCACGGGCAAAAUGGACGGAUAUGCAUAGAGCUUAUUUAGUAGAACUUUUACAAGAACAUAAUAAAGAUAAAUGGAGAGGUCAAAAUGGAUGGAAUAAAGAAGGAUGGCGUAGUAUACAUAAGGCAAUGAUUACUAAGUUUUCUCAUUCAAAUUAUACAUUAGAACAAGUAAAAGAUCAGGAGCAACAAUUAAAGAAGCAAUUUAAGGCUGUGAAGAACUUAGUAGAGAUGAGUGGCUUUGGUUGGGAUGGCGACAAGAAAAUGGUUUCUGCUCCAUCAGAAGUUUGGGAACCGUUGAUUAAUAAUAACAAAGAACUUAGGAAAUGGCACAACAAGCCCUUUCCAUGGUAUGAAGCACUAUAUGAUAUUUAUGAAGGCACAUAUGCAGAAGGCAAACGUGCUCGUGGAUGUGAGUAUUAUAGUAAUCACUCUAGAGGUUCAUCAUCGACCUCCCAGCCGGAGUCUCCAUUAGCCACGAUUCCAGGUGUCAGAGAUAAUUUUGAUGAACAUGUUGAAGAGACUCAGGAAGUCAAUCUGUCAGCUCAAAUACCCUCGCCAAGUGACCUACCUCACCCAGUUCAAGUGCCUCCACCAUCACAAUCACAAAUGCAAGCUCAAGAAGAAGCUAGGACAGCAUCAAGUUCUAAAAAAAGAAAAAUGAGAAGCGGAAAUAUCAAUAAAAUGGAAGAUUAUCUAAUUGUGAAGGAGAGGGGUGACGAUAAACUUGCUAAAGCUAUUGUCACCGCAGCAGAGGUACAAACAAGAAGUUAUCAUGAUGAUAAAUAUUCUGUUGAUAAAUGUAUGGAGGUGUUUUAUGCAUUGCCUGAUCCAUGGACCGCGGACGAGGUAUUUAAAGCUACAAGAGUGUUCCAAAGAAAGAAAAAAAAUCGUGAGGCUUGGCUUUCAUUAAAGGAUGAACAUAGGGCUUAUUGGAUAAAAAAGGCAUGGGAAGAAGGAAUUUAGAGUUAAACCUUAAGGUUGUUGCUUAGUUUCUUUAUUAUGCUUUUUUAUUAGGUUUCUUUCAUUUUGCUUGUCAUGUUAAACCUUACCAUUGACAUUUGUUGGUAUAUUGAACUUUAUAGUCUAUUUAGCAAGUUGGUAUCUUUAAUGCUAAAUAGAUUUUUGUUGGUAUCUAGAUGUUUGUUGUCUUA